GAAUCACAUUUUUUUCAUUACUUAGAUUUAUGGAGAAAAAAAAAGAUAGCCUUGAAACUCUCAUUUUAUCGCAUCUCAACAACUUUGUCUUUUUCUUUCCAUAACAUUGCUAUUUUUAUCAUCAUAGACCUUGCUUUUCUAAGAACUAAACUAAAUUCUAUUCUAUUUUUUGAACUUGACAAAUCUACUAUAUAGAUAUAUUGAAAUAUUAUUUCUUUAUUAUCUUGUGGCUAAGCACCAUGGAUGAGUUUCAUACUCCAAACAACACAUCAAUGGAAAAUGAAAAUCAAACAACUUUGCGUUCAUCUCCAUCAUUUGAAAUAUACAACAAAUCUCAUCAUGGAGAUGAUGAUUACAAUGAUCCACAACAAGUUUUAAAAAGAGCUUCUUUAAGUUUAGAAUCCAUUGGAAGUGCUGAUUUCACUUUUGAAAGAAGCAAAAUGGAUUUGAUUGAAGAAGAUGAGAAUGAGAUUGAUAAUGAUUGGUCAACUGGGAUUCAGAAUUUGAAUCUUGAUGAUGAUGAUGUUCAACCUUCUACUCCUCCUAUGUAUCUUGCAACAGGACUUGGAGUUGAUUUUGGUGAAGUUGUAUCUUCUGAUAAUAAUGAUCUUAUCAGUGAUGAUAUUGAUAUGUUUGUUUCUAGCUUGCAAGAAAGUGAGGAUCUUGAUGAGUAUUAUAAGAGAAAGGUUCAUGAGUUUCCCUCUCAUCCUUUGAUUCUGAAAAAAUAUGCCAAGUUUUUACAAGGUAAGGGGGAACUUCAAGAUGCAGAGGAAUAUUUUCAUCGCGCUACUCAAGCUGAUCCUAAUGACGGUGAAAUCUUGAUGCAAUAUGCCAAGCUGGUGUGGGAGAACCAUCACGACAGAGAUAGAGCAUCAGUCUAUUUUGAACGUGCAGCUCAAUCAGCACCUCAAGACAGCGAUGUUCUUGCAGCAUAUGCUAGUUUUCUAUGGGAAACAGAAGAUGAUGAGAAUGAAGGUGGAAAUCGUCAAACUCAGAAUGACGUUGAAAAACAAAAGACCGAACCUGUCAAGAUCUCAAAAGAAGAAAAUGGUGCAGAAGAUCUUACAACAACUAAUUACAGUGAAGACAGUAAUGAUCCAGAUUAUUUGAAGAAGAUGAUUGAUGAGAAUCCUAACAAUCCUUUGUUUCUGAAAAAGUAUGCACAGUUUCUGUUUCAGUCAAAGCGAGAUCUUGAAGCAGCAGAGAAUUAUUACUCAAGAGCAGUCUCGGCUGAUCCCAGCGACGGUGAAACGAUUUCUGAAUAUGCUACACUACUGUGGGAACUUCAUCAUGAUCAGGAAAAAGCUUUGUCUUUAUUUGAAAAAGCGGUUCAGGCUAUGCCUGGAGAUAGCAAUGUUCUUGCAUCAUAUACAUGUUUUCUUUGGGAAACAGAAGACGGUGAAAGUUGAAUUCAGACGUAAAGCCAGGUUCAAUAAAUCUUCUGCAGGAAAAUGUCAUGACUAAGACUGUUGCUACAUUCCGAGACAACAGGCGCGAAUAAAUGCUCAUAGUUAUAGAAGAAUAAGGAAAACCAAACACAGUCAAGAGAGGGAGGAGCAAGAUUAGCUCAUGACUCAUCUAUAGAUUAAAGAAAACUAGACUUUAUUCAUUGCAUUAUUUUUUGUUUAAUUUUUUCUUAUUUCUAGAAUAAACAAAAUUAACUACAGACUCUAUCGUCCCGUGUAUUACUACUUUUGUACUGAGAAAGUUGUCAACCUUUCACCAUAAAUUUACCAUUCAUUACAAGUA